CUGCCGAGGCUAAUAAGCCUUAUUUUUCAGAUUCUCGAAAGAUUAAGAGACUGUGAUGAUAAUAUAAAAUCAGCCGCAAAAUUGUUAGAAUAUAGUGCGAUCACCGGAUCCGUACUUCAAUUGGGUGCUGAACAAUUACGCUAUGACCCAGAUGUGAAUGAAUUUGAACGCGAUGUUGCAGUGCUUAUGCUUAAGGAUCCUCAAAUAACGUAUACAGGAGAAACGAUGAAUCGUCCCAAGUCGGUUAAGCCUCCAGAAGCUGCGGAAAACAAGUCGAGCGGAAAAGGAAAAGCUGCACCGAAAGCUGAACAGAAGUCAGAACCAGAAAAAGAAAAGACAGCACUGGAGUUUGAAAAAUCAAAACCGAUUGGCAAAACGCAACCCAGUGAACUGCCGGACGAAGAAAACAAGCAGGGUAAAAGGAAAUUCAAACCACCGCCGAAUAUCACCAAAGCCGACGCAAAAGAUCCGCAAUAUGAGACGCUACGUGGAAUCGGUAACGAGUUGUUUGCUGGCGAUAAAGACAAAGAGAAAAAUGAAGAAGUGAAAGAAGUGAAGAAAGAGGGACCUUCAGCAGAAGGACAGCAGGCACAAGCCCAGGCUGCAAAAAAGUUCAAACAGCCACCCAAGGUGCAAAAAGUUGAUGCAAAAGAUCCGCAAUAUGAAACACUGGCUGAUGUUAAAGACGACAUUUUUAAGGGAUAG